AUGGCGGAACACAACAUUGUCGUUUUUGGGGGCGAUCACUGCGGCCCGGAGGCGAGUGUCGUUGCUGAGGCGAUCAAGGUUCUCAAGACGAUCGAGCAGCUUACCCCUAACAAGUUCAAUCUCAAGGACCACCUCCUCGGCGGGUGCUCCAUCGACAAGACCGGCUCCCCCCUCACAGACGAAGCUCUCGCCGCCGCCAAGUCCGCCGACGCCGUCCUUCUCGGAGCCAUUGGCGGUCCGGAAUGGGGCACCGGCGCCGUUCGUCCGGAGCAGGGUCUGCUGAAGCUGCGCAAGGAGAUGGGCACCUACGGUAACCUCCGGCCCUGCUUCUUCGCCUCCGAUGCCCUCGUCGAGGCCUCUCCCCUCAAGGCCUCCGUCGUCCGCGGAACAGACUUUAUCAUCGUCCGCGAGCUUACGGGUGGCAUUUACUUUGGCGAGCGCAAGGAAGAUGAUGGAUCCGGCGAGGCGUGGGAUACGGAGCCGUACUCCCGCCCAGAGAUCGAGCGUGUUGCGCGAUUGGGUGGAUACCUCGCCCGCGGUAGAGGAGAAACGACUGUUACCUCGCUGGACAAGGCGAAUGUGCUAGCGACAGGCAGGCUCUGGCGAAAGGUUAUGGAUGAGGUGUUCCAAGCUGAAUUCCCAGAUCUCAAGGUCAAGCACCAGCUUAUCGACAGUGCGGCCAUGAUCAUGGUCAAGAGCCCGACGCAGCUUAACGGCGUUGUACUCUGCUCCAACCUUCAAGGCGACAUACUUUCAGAUGAGGCCUCCGUCAUUCCUGGUAGUAUCGGCUUGCUUCCCAGUGCAAGUCUCAGUGGAAUUCCGGACGGAAAGCAGCCCAAGGCCCAAGGCAUUUACGAGCCUAUCCAUGGGUCCGCGCCAGACAUCAGUGGCAAAGGAAUUGUCAACCCGAUUGGCACCAUCCUCUCCGUGGCCAUGAUGCUGCGUUACUCCCUGAACCUCCAAUCCGAAGCCAAGGCCGUGGAGGACGCCGUCCGCGCCGCUAUCGAUGCCGGGCUGAGGACGAAGGACAUGGGCGGCAACACGGGCACUGCGGAGGCCGGCGAUGCCAUUGUUGCCGAGCUCACCAAGAUUCUUAAGGCAUGAGACAAAAUUAAACGAGAAAAACAAAAAGAAUAAAAGAACAAAAGAAUAAAAGAAAAUGACGGAUGAUGAAAACACGCGGUUGGAAAAUCCAGUGGUGGAAGAAAACCAUGGUGUUGAAGCGGCAUGAGAAAAAACUCCUGGC